ACAAACUGGAGAGACAAGCAGCCGUGGAAAACGAAGUAACACGAUUUUUGCUUGGAGAGGCUAUGACAACUCUCUGCAAUCUCUGUGAGGUACAUGAGACUCAUGUGAGAGUUGGGUCCAACAGAGAAGCUCUGGAACAGUUGAUCUGCAUAGCCCACUCCUCUUACUACGACCAUUGGCAUGCUCAGGUCAUGCUCAACCUGAUGGUUUGUCUGGCCCAUUCCACUGAGGUACACCCCCACUUAGCUUCUGACGACAUUGUUGGAGGCAUCGUUGACAUCUGUGCCUUUCGACGAGAGUGUGCAGACUGCAGUGGGAUUGAACUGAUGCUAUUAAGGUCAGCAAGUGGUUUAAUUCUUUUAUCCCCUCUGCAUUUAUCAAAACAAUCUCUUGAGAAAUUGGACAGCUUUAUGGCUGAAAUUCUUACAGAUGUGGAUCCUCUUGCCUUGGCCAAACAAUAGCAGACCUCUGGAACCUUUUGGUCUGUGUUCGAGCCAUUUGUGAGUCUUCUGUAUGUCCCCAAGGCCCCACUUGCUAAGAGAGGCGUGGGCAAACAAAUACACUUACUGGAGAGACUCGGUUUUCCUCCGUACAUUCGGCCCUCAUAGUCAUAAUCAGCAGCUUCACAGAUUGGCACAACUCAUGCAACGAGAGAACCUAGUACCGUUUUUAAUCCUCGCCCCUUCCCAUGUCCCCACGUCUCUGAAACCACAAGUGGUUCUUUGUCUGGGACGUUACAUUCCCAUCAAUCCACCCACUCUCGCCAAGGCUAGUGUGGCCAACUAUCAAUUUGGACUAAGGAGAAUGCUGCACCUAGUUAGUCCACAUGAACUGGUUGACGAGUACUGCAUUGUCCAACUACUGGUGUCUCAGUGUGCAUGUGUAAUCAAAUAA